CUCCUCUUUCUCUGUAUCCAUUCGUCUACUUCUAUUACUCUUUCUCUCCCUUCUUAGCCUUGGCGCUAGCUAGUUGGUUCAUGGAUAUUGAACUCUUGUGGGCUCUUGGGGGGUGGUUUCUUCUCUCAAAUUGCAUGGCAGAACCUGCUAAAACAUCAUCACCAAUCUCAGAAGCCUUCUCAAAAAAUUCACACUCUUUCAUGCAAUUCCUUACAUUUCUCUUCAUUGCUCUCCUCCUCAUCGAUGUAUCCCAAAUACCAAACCCAUCUGUCAUGGCUUCCUCACAACCCAUGAUGAAAUCAUCAGAAUCUACUAUGUGUACCACAAAAUUGCACCCUCAGAAAACUCAGAACUCGCCUAGUUCAUCUAAGGAUGCUGAAAGAGAAUUUGGAGUUGAAGCUCAUGAAGUUCCAAGUGGUCCAAACCCUAUUCAAAACCGGUAAGUGAGAAGCAUAAUACUUUGUUCUUUUGGAAAAAUGAGAAGCAUAAUACUAGCUAGUACCAGCACAAAUGAUCCAUAGCUUGCAAGUUAAAGAUGACAAGGAUUUGUAGCGGCAGAGAUAUUAUAAUGGUCAUCUUUGUAGUUUUUAUUUUAGAUCAUCGUUAGUACAUAUUACUUGUCCUCGGUGA